UCUAUGUAUUUUAAAAUGUCCACUUUAGCUCUGACGACUGACUCCCUUACACAACAGCAAGAAACCUCCAGCCUACUUAUUGUUGUCGGUCUUCGUUGUGUUGGUCAUGAUAUCAUAACUGUAGCGUCUUUGAAGCUUUCGAUGGGUUGUUGCGGCAGCAAGCGUAGUACCCUCGAUGAUAAUGAUACAGAUCAUGCGUACACGUCCAGAGCACAGCAAUCUGCGUCUUCAUCUCAUGUAUAUUCCAUCGUUCAUAGGCCACCGUCACGUCCUAAGACGGACAAAGGGUAUGGACAGAAACAAUCUAUGCAAGCUUUUGUCUCUCAGAAUUAUGAAGGAUUUGGACAGAGCCUAUCUGCGUCUUCAACCUCACUUCCCAAGGAGCCUCGUAGUCAUACGCCUGUCUCCCAGAAUCGUCAAGGACUUGGACAUACGCCAAAGGAAACUGAUGAUAGAUACAAGUCACCGGCUGUAGAGUCAGUCGCGUCUAGCUCAUCCUUGUUUCCUGAGGAGAGUAAAAUUAAUCAUGCAUCUGGCUUUGAGCUAAAGAAAUAUAGUUUUAAAGAACUAGCAGAGGCAACUGAACAUUUCUCCAACAACAAUUUCCUUGGCGAGGGUGCUUUUGGCCAAGUCUUUAAGGCAAACCUAGACGGAAAAGAAGUUGCUAUCAAGAAACUCAAAAUGGUGAUGGAUACUGAGGUUGACCAUAGUGAUGAGCAGCCGAAAAAUCUCGAGAAACUGUUGGAGGAGCUUGAUGUCCUAAGAAUUGUGAAUCACCCAAAUGUUGUUAAAAUGGUCGGCUACUGCAAUGAACAAAAGAAUAAAUUGCUCGUUUUAGAAUAUGUUGCCAAUAAGUCCUUGAGGUUUCAUUUAAAUGGAAAGAAGCCUUUGGUGUGGUCAGACAGGAUGAAAAUCGCUAUAGGCUCUGCUAAAGGAUUACAAUAUCUCCAUAAAGAUUGUGAUAUUAAAAUCAUACAUCGAGAUAUAAAGGCCGAUAAUAUUCUACUUAGCAAUGAUUUUGAACCAAAAGUUGCAGAUUUUUCUCUUGCUAAAUUUUUGCCCAAUGCUACUAAUGUUAGCCAUAUCACCAGUAUAUUGAGGGGAACAAAUGUUUAUGCUGAUCCAGAACAUGGUGAAAACCAAAAAGUCUCUGAGAAAUCAGAUGUUUAUUCCUUUGGUGUUGUGCUAAUGGAGCUAAUUAGUGGAAGAAAACUUAUUGAUAAAAAUAUUAAUAUUAUUGAUUGGGCAAAGGAUCAAAUUACAGAAACUUUGGGUGGUGGAGACUACACAGUUCUUGUUGACUCCAUAAGACAUUGUUAUGAUGAAGAGAAAAUUAAAAGGAUGAUUGAGGCACUUAUUGAUCCCAAAUUGGAGAAUUAUGAAGAAGAGCAAGUAAAAAAAAUGAUUUUUUGUGCUAUAGCUUCCAUAAAAAACGUUUCAAAGGUUCGUCCAACAAUGCAAAAGAUAAUUGGGGUUCUUGAAGGGACAAUUAAGCCUUCAGAGAGAAUAUUGGAUUGGGAAUACAACAAAUCCGCACCAAAUAACAACAAUGGUGAUCUCCUCCAACCUGUAGUGCAGAGGCUUUUUAUGAUUCCAGAAGAUGAUGAUGACAAUGUGGAGUUUCAAAAUUUUAAGCCAACAAUUUUUACAUAUGAGGAACUUGAAAUUGCAACAGAACAUUUCUCCUCAAACAACUUCCUUGGAGCGAGUCGUCUUGGUCAUGUAUGUAAGGGACAACUAAGUGGUGUAACGGUUACAAUUAAGAAAUUCAUGCAAGCAGAUAUAUUUGAGGACAUUAAAGGCAUUAGUUGUAGUGUUCAUCAUGAAAAUCUCGUUAACCUAAUUGGAUACUGCGAUAAAGGAGGCAACAAACUGCUUGUUUAUGAGUUUUUUCCAAAGGAGAGCUCUCUGAGAUCUUAUUUACAUGAAAAUGGGAGAUCAAGUCUGGAUUGGCAAAAAAGAGUGCAAAUCGCCUUAAGCAUAGCUAGAGGAUUGGAAAAACUACAAUAUAUUCCAUGGAAUAUAUACGAGGAUCUCAAUGGUGAUAAUAUUUUUCUUAGUAAUAAUUUUAAACCAAAGUUUGCAGAGUAUAAACAUGCUGGUUUUUUCUCAAAUUCUACUAUUCCUUUAUCUAGCAGUUCUACAAAUUCUGAAGAUAUCAAGGCUGAUGUUUAUUUCUUUGGUGUGAUUCUUUUGGAGUUGAUUACCAAGAAACAACAUGUUGAUGAUAGAAGUUCCAAUGGUCACAAUGAUAUAGUUAACUGGGUUGCGCCUUUAUUUAAAAAAGCAUUGGAUAUCGGCAAAUAUGAUGACCUAAUUGAUUCUAAUUUACAAAAUUCCUAUACAAAAGAUCAAAUAGUUCGAAUGUUAUAUUCUGCUGCAGCUUGUGUGUAUAAACCUACAGAGUUUCGUCCACAAAUUGGCCAGAUAAUUCAAGUCCUAAGAGGAACAAUGGAGCUAGAGAAUAUAUGGCGCCUCCGAGAUAAUAAGAUUUUUCUGCGAAAUAAAUCAUCGGAUAUUGUUCAUUCCAACUAAUACUAAGCAGGACUUAAUCAUAGCAUGCUGGCAACUUUGGCUAAUUAUUGCUCUUCUACGUAGCAGCGACUCUCUUAGAGCUUCUUUCCGAGAAAUAUAGGGGACUUAUGUGUCAUUUAUUGGUAUGCACUCCAUCCAAUGAAUAUUAUAGGGAAUUCUAGUUGGUCUAUCUUCUAAUAACGUUUGUACUCAGCUUUAGGUUCGUUUGAAAUAGCUCUUUGCUUUUGAUGUCUCAUGCUAGCUAAAUUGUAACUGUGGAUAUUGUGAAUAGUUUUAUUGCUUGGGAGAGGUUCAAUUUAUUUAUAGUUGUUGAUUGGGAUGAAGUCCAGAUUGUGGCUAAAUUGGUUCAUAAGGUUUUUUUUGUUA